AGUUCAGUUUGUUCCGCAUUUUCGUUCUAAAAUUAUCUUCGAAGCUCAGUGUGUGUGUGCGCGCGCGCCCGCCCUGUUCCUCCUCCCUUCCGUCUCUCUCUCUCUCUCUCUCUCUCUCUCUCUUCAGCUCUCGCCCCGCAGCAGUUGCAGACCACUUCAAGCUUUCUACUCCAGUCAUGGCCGCGAAAGUGUGCAGACUCUUGCUGUCCCGGAGCAGCGGCACCCUGGCUUCUCCUUUCCCCGUUAUCGGCGUCUCUUCACACCGACCGCACCGGCACACAUCAACGGAGGCGCUGUCUGGACCAUUUGCCCAGCAGAGUGUGAGAAGAGCACACAGCUUGAGGUCUUCCGGGAGGCCAGCACUCUUCAGCCAGCCUCGAACUGCCCUGCCUACCCAGGGCUGGAAGGGAACACCUACAUGGCAGGCCCAGAGACUCCUGUGCACACCUGCCAUUUCAGGAGAGGUGACAGUGGUGUAUCAGAAUGGCCUGCCAGUGAUCUCAGUGGGUCUGCCUUCUCGGCGGGAGCGCUGUCAGUUCACCCUGAAGCCCCUCAGUGACAACGUGGGCACCUUUCUUCAGCAGCUACAAGCCGAGGACAGAGGCAUAGAUCGAGUCGCCAUCUACUCCUCGGAUGGAGCCCGGAUAGCUUCCUCUACAGGGAUCGACAUUCUGCUGCUGGAGGAAUUCAAACUCGUCAUCAACGACACCGCUCAUAUUGUGCGGCCACCCAAAAGAGAGUUGCUGGCACAUGAAGAGGCAGAUAAGCUGAAUGAUGUAAAGCUUUUGGUGCAGCAUCUCUACACCACUUUGCGUAUAGAGGAACACCAGCUCUGCAAAGAGAGAGAGCUCAUUGGACGACUGGAGGACCUCAAUUCCCAGCUCCGCCCACUGGAAAAGGUAAAAGAGGAGUUGAGUAAGAAAGCAGAACGCAGGACCACCUGGGUACUGUGGGGAGGAAUGGCAUACAUGGCAACCCAGUUUGGCAUUCUGGCACGACUAACCUGGUGGGAGUACUCAUGGGAUAUCAUGGAGCCUGUCACAUACUUUAUCACUUACGGCACAGCCAUGGCCAUGUAUGCCUACUUUGUGCUUACGCGUCAGGAGUACCUUUAUCCAGAUGCUCAAGACAGACAGUAUCUGCUGUUCUUCCACAAGGGGGUUAAAAGACAACGCUUUGACAUUGAAAAGUAUAACAAACUAAAGGACACUAUUGCUGAGGCGGAAUUGGAUCUGAAGCGUCUGAGGGAUCCGCUCCAGCUAAACCUCCCUGUUCAGCAGAUCAGCGGCAGCAAGGAUUGAUGGGAAGAGUGAAAGCCUCCCUUCCUCCUUCCUACCCUAAUUUCCUUUCUAUCAGUUUCUUCCUCCUUCUUUUAUUCACCCGUUUUCUGUUUUGUUUUAGUUUUCCCAACCAUCUCUGUUGAAUUAUUCUCUCUCUCUCUCUCUCCCCCGCUUUCUCUCUCUCUCUCUCUCUCUCUCUCUCUCUCUCUCUCUCUCUCUCUCUCUCUCUCUGUCUUCUGACAGAACCAUUUCCACAUGGAUUUUUUGGUUUUUAUUAUUGUUUUAUUCUCUUCUUUUUGGGUUUUGUAAUCUCUGAGUAAACACAGUAAAGCAGAGGAGGAGGGGAUGGAAUGAUAUCCAACGAAACAAAGAACGAUCCCUGAAGCCUCUCUGAAUCCGGAGGGUGAGAUUGCUAGUUGUGCCUGCUAGUCGUGCUAAGCACUCUAAAUAACGCUACAGGAACACAGAGAAAACAACAGGGGCCUGCGGGAAGCUCUCGAUGCCUAACAGGAAGAAACAUUUGGGCUUGGAUACUGCAUCUCCAAGAGAUGCUAAAGAAAAAAAUAACAUCACCACAAACACAUGCUAUGUGUUUCAGCAAUCUAUUGAAUGAAACCUCUAAAGACCUAUUUUUACAGCAGAGUUGUAUAUCUCUCUGCAAUUGAAAAGAUCUUUGGGCUUUGGGCUUUUUUUCCAGCCUGGGACAUUGCUGAUGGGGGACCUUUAGCUGUAGGAGAGGUACUCUGAAUCCUGCCUUUCCUUCUCAGCGGAGUGGAGGAUGUCCUCUGUCUCCACAACCCCCUGAGUCCUUUAGUGGCUAGAACUCUGGAGUGCUGCCACGUCUCCUUGUCUUCACUUCCACCUUGACCAUGAUGGACAGCACUCAGCUGUGCAAACUAAAGAGCUGUAUCAGGAGUUGAACCGCUGCUAUGUGUGCAAGGAGAAGGGGACAAAUGAUGAGCAUCACUUCCUGUACAGACCUGUUGCAAGUUGCAGACUAGAGAUCUACCGGCUAAACAUCACUGUGUGUUCUACUAUUAAAAAGAAAAAAAGAAAGAAAAAUUAAUUUUGGCACUUUUUAUUUUAAAAGCCAUAUUAUAUUAUAAUAUAUUUCUUAUGAGGGUGAAAAAAAUCAUAUAAUGACUAUAAUCUACUUUUCUCUUUGUUUUUGGUGGAGGUUUUUUUUUUUUUAUCAUCUUGUCAUAAUGUCAGCAUUUUGAAGAUGCCAGUCAGUACAUGAGAUCAGGUUUUUGUUACUGCAGCUCCUGACAUGACAACAUAAUAACAUGCACACAGUGUUUAAUCAUGAAUGCAGUCUGUGAGUCCCCACACGCGUGCCCCUUGCCUGUGGAGCUGUAGCAGAGGAACACAUGGUGAUACUAAGAUCACAAACAGAAUGAGAAGGUUACCUUUUCUCGUCUCUCAGAAAACUACAUUACCCACAGUGCCUCAAAACACCCAGUGCAGUGUGCCGGUUAGGGUUCUCCUGUUGUCCUGCACAGACAUGCUGUCUCUUGCAUCCCUGCGUCAAGACUUUUCUGGGCUGCUUAUUGUAAAACAGGACUACUUAAAAAAAAGUGGAAAUGAAAUUCAGCCCCACAGCUGUUCAUCUGUAUGCCAAGAAUAUAUGAUGUUGAUAUACUAGAUCCUAGACGCAAUUUUGCAGCAUGCCGUAGCGUGUGACUGUUGCAUCCUUUCAUCUAGAACAUGGUGUGUUUAGCAGACAGGCCUUAGAGCAGACAGUAGUAGAAAUCGUGGAUGGAACUUAAUAUUGUUCUAUAAUACGCACUUUUUUAUUUCUGCCUCACACAGCAAACUUGAAUACAUUUCUCUGGGACAGGGUGCUUAAAUUGUGAUUUUUUUUUUAGAAAUUAGCCUUUUAAUUGCUUUAAUGGAUAUAUUUGCAUAUGAAGUGCUUCUGUCUGAAGUUUGUAUUGCUACAUAUUUAAAUUGUAAUGGGUUGUGUUAUUGUGUGCUGAUCUGUCCUGAUUUUAUCAUAUCUGCCAAAUUCAUCCAUAUAUUAAUGCAUAUAAAAUCUCCUAAUGACAUUAAUAUAUAUAUAUUUCCCAGUGUUGCCACUCUAAAUUUGCUGGUGUAGAUAGGCGGUGAUAUCUUGUUAAAAAAUAAAAAUAUCAGGUUUUCUUGGGAGGCAGUUAAUGCUGUCCAUGGUAGCUGUAAUGCAUUAGGGCAGAUAAAGCUAUUGCUUGAGAUUUGGCAACCAACUUAAUUAGGAGAAACAUAAGGCCAAAACCUUCUUAAACUGGGAGUUUCCUUAUAUGGGCUUCCCAUGUGGGUCACAUGUCAAAUAUUACUUUAAUAGCAGUUAGCUGUCAUGCAGCAGGACUGUAGAAGGUAGAAGUAGCAUUGGGUAAAAUGAAAACAAAUAGGGACUCCUGGGUAUUUUACUUAAGAGUUUAUGUGAUUGGGUUAUUAUAACAUUUAAGUAAUAGGGUAUAUGGGGUUGCUCUCUUCAGCACACUCACACCUUUUUAAAAAAGGUCCUCGUCACCUGUAGCAUCUAGCUUAAAUAGAGCUUGUUUGCUGCAGAAAAUAAUUGAAUUUGUGUACACAAUUCUGCUCAUAUGCUGCUUGUUAAGGCUCUCACUUUAUCCACACCUCUUGACAGUCACAGGACUCCUGUCCUACGUUUCCACAUGGGUAACUGAGUUUGGGUUCAGUCCGGGAUCCUUCUUGAUAAGAAGUCUGAUUCAUGCUGCUCCUGAAACCUGAAGCAGAACAGCACUGCAUGGUCGGUGUUUGUUUUGAUUUAAUAAAAUUUAACUCAUCAGCAAAAUGUCAUGCCCUUCGUGAGCUGACAGACAGGAGGCAGAGAAGGACUAACAGUAAACUGCAGGGCUGGAAAUGUUCAGCCUGAAAAUGGCACCCUUCAAAGAAACGCAUCUAGGAAAUUAUGUUGGAAUGUAUGGAAAAAAACAUUAAUUAUAGAAUCAGAAAAAGUGGCUAAUAUUAAGUUGUAGUUUAGCAGGCUUGCUUGGAUGUGAGUAUCGGUGUUGAAAUAAACUGACUGCAGUUUAUUGCAAUGGACUAGUGCAUGAUUCAAGCUUGGCAUGAUAUUGAAACUAGUACAAGAGAACACUGAAGGCUUGCACAUAAUGCUUUUUUUUUUUUACAUGCCCAUUCUGCUUUCUGGCGCAUUAAUACAUUUUCAUAAUUGGCAUGUGUUGUUGCUCAGCUCUUCUGAGCCAGAGUUCAAAAUUGCUGUCAUGGUUACACUGUACAAUUGGUAAGCAGCUUUGCCAGUAUAGACAGACUGAGUAUCAAUGACACUGUGUUUGUGUGUGUUUCCAUAAAAGCAAAGUGCGUUUGAAAUGAAUAAUCCCCCGGUCUUGAUCAAUAACGCAAAAUCAAUCUCUUACUGUGCCCUCUCGGCUUCUUGUGCUCUUAUCAUCGAUAAUCAUAAAUCCCGGUAUGCUGUAGCAUACACAGGGAGAAGCCAGGCCUGGGAUGAUUUUCAGAAGCAGUUUGCUGCCAUUGCCUUGAUUGAAUUUAAAAGCUGAUACCAAAUUCAUUUAUUUAAUCACCAUUACGCAUUAUUACCUCUUUUGGUUUUCUAUCAGGGUUUGCCUUUGUUGCUUUGCCUUUUUGUUAGUUAUUUCUUUUUAAACCAAAAUGAUAUGUAAUAUAUGAAACUUAUUCUAAAGCGGGUGUUGCAUGAAUGUAUGUUUACAUGGGGAAAUUAUAUAACAAAGACCCAAAAAGUUGCAAGAUUGCUGAUUGUUAAGGACUUGGUGCAGUUUUAUCUCCUCCAUGUCCUUUAAGACCGUCCAGAAUGACACAUAGGCAGCAGAUGUUCAGCCACCCUACACUUUUUCUUUUUUCUAACCGUUGUAUCUGCUGUCUUUUAAACUCCUCUCUGUUUCUGCACAGGUUUGCUUUUGUCACAUUACUUUUCUAAGUGCAUUAUUUUACAUUUUCAACAUGUGCACUUAAGAUGACAGCUUUUACAACUUAUAUAUCACUAAAUCAAAAUCUGAUUGUUCUUUCAUUUACAUCUUCAUUUCAUGGUUUUUAUUUCAUAGGCAUUGGAUGAUGUGAUGUUGAAAGACUAUAAGAAUUAAAAUGUAAACUCCUGUAUCAUUUAUGAAAUGUGUAAAAAAGAGAAAUGUAAUUCACUUAUCAAUAAAUACUUAUCCAGUUU